AUGGAGCGCCGCAAGCGCGAGCCGCAGCUGGAGCAGGCGCAGGACCACCUCGUGCGCAAAAUCUUCUCGCGCUUCCGCCGCGAGCGCAGCGUCGCCGCCGCGCCCGCGCCGCCGCCCGCGCGCGCGCCGUCCGCGCCCGCCGCACCCGCCGCCGCCGCCGCCGCCGCGCCCAACUCGCUGAGCGCCAGUCCCGCGGACCCCGAGCGGGGCGAGCCGGGCGCGGGAGGGGCGGGCGGGACGGGCGGGGCGGGCGCGGCGCGCGGCAAGUGGGGCCGGCUGCUGGCGGGCGGCUCGCUGGACGCGGGCGAGGGCGCGCGUGGCGUGUUCGCGCGCAGCCUGAGCGUGCGCGAGCGGCCCGCGGCGCUGGGAGCGGGCGCGGGCGCGGGAGCGGGAGCGGGAGCGGGCGCGGGCGCGGGAGCGGGUGAUGCGGGCACGCUGCUGAAGGCGCAGUUCGCGAAAGCGCGCUCGGCGUCCGCGCUGGGCGCCGCGCGCCAGGACACCAUCGAGGAGGAGUUAGAGGAGAAGCGCGUGGCACCCGCCGCCGCAGCGCCUGCGCACGCGUCCACUCAGGCGCCCGCCGCCGCCUGCUCGCUCGCCGGCGCCGCCUCGCUCGCCGGCGCCUCGCUUACCGGCGCCUUGCACACCGGCGCCUCGCACGGCGCGCCCGCGUCGGCCGCGGCGCUGGCGCACGCCGCCUCGUCGCACGACGCGGCGCUGGCCGAGCUGCGGCGCGACGUGCGCAACGAGGUGCAGAGACUGCAGCAGAAGUUGGGGCGCGUGGAAGAGCUGCUGACGAUGCUGGCGACGCGCCUGGGCGCGGACACGGACGCGGGCCCCGGGCCGGCGGGCGCGGGCCCCGGGCCGGCGGGGGCGGGCCCCGGCGCGGGCCCCGGGCCGGCGGGGGCGGGCCCCGACGACGAGCGGCCGCGCGCGCCCACCGACGUCGCCGCACUCGCGCGGAAACGCCGCUCCAAGGCGAGAAGCAAAGGAGCAGCGCCGGCGGCGCCCACGCCGACCACGCCCGAGGGCCCGGGCGGCGCGCUGGGCGGCAGCAGCAGCGGCAGCGGCGACGCGGCGGGCGCGGGCGCGGGAGCGGCGGCGGCGCGGCGGCGCGAGUUCGUGUAG